AAAUUUGAGGAACGUCAAAAGUUGCAUUAUCGUGUAGUAUUGUGUAUUUAUUUGUCCGCUAUUUUGUACAUAUUUGCGUUGAAUAAUAGAUGUUCUUUGUUGGGAAUCAGUGAACUCACCCCCGUUAAAGUGUACUGAGAAGCCUGGAAGAAAGGAAUCAUUGCAGGGACAGGCAUUUAGUAUAUAUUUAGGAAGUUAAAUUUUCAAUGUCAAUAUGCGUCCCGCCGUGGUAAGAAGAUCAUCCAAUUCCACCGAGGGCAUCGAUGACACGGACAGUCCGGACAGCUUUGAGCAGGGAAGUCUCAUUAUAAAUGAGAACCAGUCAGAUGAUUCUGAAAAAGUGAGCAUUUGGAGACGACCAAGUCGGAAGGUGCCAAGCGAGGGAAAUAUGGUGCUGCACUUCGAGAUCCCAUCGGCCAAAAUCCUCCCGACCGAGAAGGAUAACAGUAACUCGAAGAAGUACGUCAAUUACGAGCUAUGCGUGACCCAAAUCAGUUCUGCAACCCCAGAUCCUCAUCCGGCCACUAUCGAGAGGCGCUACACGAACUUCUUGAUGCUCUACAACGGACUCCGGAAGGAUCAUCCGAAUUUACUGCAGAACGUCUUCUUCCCCAAGAAGGCCAUCAUGGGGAAUUUCUCACCGGAUCUCAUUGCGGAGCGCGGAGCGGCCUUUGAGGUGUUCCUAGAUCACAUUGUAUCGUCGUGGGAGUUAAAGGAGUCUCCGCACUUUCUCAAUUUCCUGCAGGGCAUUGAGCUGGAGAGGGCUUGUCGUCUGCUGGAUGAGCGUCGCAAUGAGCAGGCUGUUCCCAUUCUGCAGAACAGCUUCAGGUUGCUGAACAAAAUCUACUUGGACCACUCGAAGCCCGUUCUGCUGCUCCUCUGUCGCCUGGUGGCUGCCUGCACGACGUCUCCGCUGCCGCAUCCAAUGGCAGAGCAGUGGGCCGAAGUGGCGCUCAGGCGGUACGAGAGCGUCUGCGACACGGAUCUCCUGAGUCUGUACGUGCCUCUGCUGCAGACGUGCACUCAUCUCUGGUGGCAGCGCGGCAGGGACAACAAGCCGCUGGAGGACCGCCUCAAGGAUAUCCAGAAGAAGGGUAUCAAGGUGACUGGGACGCCCACACUCACGCAAGCCAUUCACACCCUUGAUCCACGAGCAGAGACGACGUAAAUGUAAGUCCACCCC